AUGACCACGAUCGCUCCUACGUCUCGGUCGGCGCUGGACGCCGCAACAAGUACUUACGUGUCCUCGUCUCUCCGCACUUCUGCACCUCCACCGCCAAACGUACAAGUCAGUACUUUGACAACGUCAUCAGCCAACCUUGUGCUUGGUCUGCCUCCGCAACCUGAGGUUCACGCGCGUCGUCACCCCUUGAAACGCAAGUGGCGUUCCUUUGUCAACUUUUUCGCCCUUCCCAUUCGAUCCUACUACCUUGAGCCGCCCGGACUCGCGUAUCGUAACGAGUUGCGUGCUAGACAAGGCCAUCCCGGAGAUGACCAUGAUCAUCACUCCUUCUGGCCGGUCCCUGCUUACACCGAUGAGGUGGGCGACGACGAAAUGAUCCUAUUCAAGGCGAAAGAAGAAGCAGACACACUGGCAGCUAUGCAGCUCGACCAGCAGCGGCUUGCAACUGCUGCUGUGCAACAGACCGAGCAACAUACAUCUUCUACCAGCUUUAGUCAUGCUUCUACUGACGAUGAGUACGAGGAUCAGCACGUUGAGCAGCUUGCAUCGUCCUUGCAUUGGCCGCUAACGCCGCGCCAAGCUUCUACCUUGUCUGCCUUCCAGCGUUUCGCAACUGAGCCAUCGCCUCGGUAUGAGAUUUCGGACCCGCUCGAUCAAGUACAGUCAGCAUCUUCUGUACCGCAGCAACUGCACUUGCGCCAUCGCACCUGCACCCGCACCCGCACCAACAGCAACUCUGCUUCCCGCCCUUCACUCACAAACGGCGUCACCAUGGCUCGACACGCUUCGACCCCUCUCGCACCCACGAUCGCUUCGAUAUCCAGUUCGUUACCUACACCUGCACUCUCGUCGCACGUGUUGCAUCGUAGAAGACGCGCGCAAUCCAACGCUGCUGCUCGACCCACUCUGGCAGCUCGCAACAUUUCAGAGCCCCUGAGUUGGACCUUGGUACGGUCGCAGUAUUCUUAUCCGAAACGCGGCCCUACGCCACAACAGCUUGCUUUUCUGAGCUCGGUCGAGUCGUUGGGUAGAUUUGGUGUACCCCACUCGCCCGAUGCAGCGCCGUCGCCGGCGUACGAGUCGUCGCCGAGCCAGGGCGCGAGCGACUAUGGUUUUCCAGUCACCCCUGCUCAUGCCAGUUAG